ACAUACAACAGUCGAUUAGUGCUCGGACGAUUUGUCGAUAAGUAAGCAAAGUUGUUGCUGCGACGAAAUUGCGUUUUUGAACAAUUUCGAAGAAUUUUUCCCAAAGUUCUCGGAGGAAAAAAACUAAAAGGAUCUUGCAUCACUCCAAUGGCACUGCAAAUUCGGAGAAUUAUUUCUCCAUUCUACGGGAAAUGUGCUAUGAGAAUUUUCCGGCAAUUUGCAUCAGAAAAUGUUACCAAAAUAGACGAAAAUUCUGCUCUGAAACUCUCCGAGGCGUGCGUGAAGAGAUUGCGGGAGAUCUGUACGGAUGGAUCAUUUCUCAGGGUAUCUGUGGACGGUGGCGGAUGUUCGGGAUUUCAGUACAAAUUCGAUUUUGACACAAAAAUCAACAACGACGAUCUUAUUUUCGGUCCGGAUGAUGCUCGGGUUGUAAUUGAUAACAUUUCUUUGGAUUACUGCGCAGGAACUACCCUAGACUACAAGGAAGAACUGAUAAGGUCGGGAUUUGUGAUGGAGGGAAACCCAAAGGCUGACCAGGGAUGUUCGUGCGGAGCUUCCUUCUCCAUCAAAAUUGAUUAGAAAUUAGUUUUUUGUGAUAAAGUAUUUUUAGUAAAAAUCCAAUUCUCGCAUCAA